AAAACUCCUUUUGCACAGCAACAACAUCAUUUCUAGCCAGAUCAUUAGUACCUAGGUGAACAAUAACAUCUAACUCACUGGCUUUUCUAGCUGCCUUAACAAUUCUUGAAAUACGAUUUAAAUGAUCUCUGUGAGCGGUAGAACCUGGAAGACAUCUAACCUCUCUCAAGUCUCCUUUAUCAUCAUCUAUCUGUACAGUUCUUAAAAUGGAGUCACCUAUUAACAAGGUUAACUAUCUAUUAGAAUUUCUGUUUACUAUGAAAAUUCCUCUAAAAACCAGCUACAUUCCUGUCUACAUUACACAGAAAUUGUAUUCUAGACAUUUCUGCAAGUUUCAAAGGCGUCUUACACCUCAGAACUUUACAGACUACGAAGACAUAAAGCUGAGCUACAAGCCCAAAGUGCCAGAAUACUUUAACUUUGCAAGUGAUAUCUUAGAUAGAUGGACUGCAGUUGAAAAGGAAUCUGGCAGCUCAAAUCCAGCUCUCUGGUGGUUAGGAGAUGAAGAAAGUGAAGUCAAGUGGAGCUUUGAGGAGCUGGGGUUUCUCUCCAGGAAAGUCGCAAACAUACUUACAGAUGCCUGCGGCUUAAAACCAGGCGACAGAGUUAUUGUGAUUCUACCUCGUGUGCCAGAAUGGUGGUUGCUAAAUGUAGCGUGUAUAAGAGCAGGUUUGGUGCUGAUCCCAGGGACAACACAACUCACAGCAAAAGACAUUCUACAGCGGCUACAAACUUCAGAGUCUAAAUGCAUUAUUACUAGCGAAGCGCUAGCACCAGCGGUGGACUCGGUUGCAUCUCAGUCUCCAUGUUUAAAGACUAAACUACUCAUAUCCGAAGGGACCCGGGAAGGCUGGUUGAAUUAUAACAAAUUAUUUAAGGAUGCGAAUGAUAGCCACAGCUGUGUGAAGACGAAAAGUAAAGAUCCUAUGACAAUCUAUUUUACAAGUGGUACAACAGGCUUCCCAAAAAUGACAGAGCACAGUCACUGCAGCUAUGGGCUUGGGUUGACAGUGAAUGGCAGAUACUGGUUGGAUCUGACCUCAUCAGAUGUAUUCUGGAACACGUCAGACACAGGCUGGGCAAAGUCUGCAUGGAGCAGUGUAUUCGCCCCAUGGAUUCAGGGCUCCUGCGUGUUUGUCCACAGCAUGCCAAGAUUUGACCCACCUACUGUACUAAAAACACUGUCUACUUAUCCCAUAACAACGUUUUGCGCAGCUCCCACUGCGUAUCGUAUGCUUGUGUUGCAGGAUCUUGUUGGGUACAAAUUCAAGAACCUAAACCACUGUACCAGUGCGGGGGAGCCCAUGAAUCCACAGGUGAUGGAGCAAUGGAAAUCUCAAACAGGACUUGAUAUCUAUGAAGGCUACGGACAGACGGAAACUGUCCUCAUCUGUGGAACAUUUAAAGGAAUGAAAAUCAAACCUGGGUCCAUGGGAAAACCUUCACCAGCAUAUGAUGUGCAGAUUGUUGACGAAAAUGGCAACAUACUGUCCCCUGGUCAGGAAGGGGAUAUUGCCAUCCGGAUAUCGCCUCACGGGCCAUUCUCACUCUUCUCACAAUACACAGGUGAUCCACAAAAAACAGCCUCAACAAAGCGAGGAAACUUUUACCUUACUGGAGACCGAGGCAUAAAAGAUGAUGAUGGUUAUUUUUGGUUUGUUGGGCGAUCGGAUGAUGUUAUUUUAUCCUCAGGAUAUCGAAUUGGUCCAUUUGAAAUUGAAAGUUCUUUAAUUGAGCACCCAGCUGUCGUGGAAUCUGCAGUUGUGAGCAGUCCUGACCCGAUUCGAGGAGAGGUUGUGAAAGCCUUUGUUGUCCUCGCUGCUUCUUAUAAAGAUCAUGAUCCAGACAAGCUAACUACUGAGCUGCAGCAACACGUAAAGACAACUACUGCCCCCUACAAGUACCCGAGAAAAGUAGAAUUUGUUGAACAACUGCCCAAGACUGUGAGUGGAAAAAUAAGAAGAAAUGAGCUGAGAAACAGAGAAUGGGGAAAAGUUUAAACUUAUAAGAACUUUGUAAACAUAUUGUUACUUAUUUUGUUUAUCUAUAUAAUUACAUUUUUAAUUGUUACAGUUCAGUCUUUUCACAGCCACAUUUAAAAGGAUUAUAGAAUUAACAGCAUUAAAAAAAAAUCUAAUAAAA